UAUUUCUUGAAUGGACGGUAUUUGGUAAAAACAAAAAGAUAAUCGGGCUUUAACUAUAUGAAACCUUCUCAAAAUGGAUAUAGAUGAAGAUGUUAUCAAUAAAUUCGCCAAUGCUCUGAGGAACCAUCAUGUACAACGAACAGUUUCAUUGUAUAGUGAAAAUCGGAGUAGUGGUAAUAGUGACACUGAAAAAUAUGAAAUUAAAGACAUAAUAUUAUGUGUUGCUAAACAAUUAAAAGCUAUCCAGAACGCUGAUAACUUGAAGAACCGUCCAAGUGGGAAGGGUAUCCCAGAUCAAGUAAAAAAGUCAAGUUUUCUACCUAUUCAUAUGGUGCCAGUGGAGCAACCACCAAAACAAGGACAAUCACACAAAUUCGAAACACAAUGUAUAUUAGACACACAGCUGAUUAAUAUAAUUGAUAAUGCUGAAGCAAUAAUAGAUGCAGAGAAAGGUAUUACACAAGAGUUUGAUACUACUUUCUGUCAUAAAGAUCUUGAACAAUCUGUGGAUGAUAAACUGAUAAAUAUAUCACAGAAAUCCAAUACUGUAUUUAAAGAUAGUGGAACAGUUGACAAUGAUAAAUCAAAAAGUCCCGACAAAACUGAUUGUCAGUUGGACAGAGAUGAAACUAACCUUCAGUUACAUGACUGUAGUUUUUCUGAUAAUAAUACAGUAAAACAUAUUGAUGCAGAAAAAAGAAUGAUACAAGAAUUUGAUACUACUUUUUCUUUUAAAGAUCUAGAUAAAUAUAUUGAAGAAAAAAAUGACUGUAAUGAGAAUCAAGAAAAUGGUAGUAACAAUGUUCGAGAAAAAAAUAUGGGAAAUGACAACAUUCAAGCAGGGAAUUACAGAGAAUCAGAAUAUGUAAUUACGGAUGAUACUUUUAAAACAAAAAAUGAAAAGGAAGAUCUUUUUGUAAAUAAACUAUCUUUAACAAAAGAAAGAACUAUUGCUGAUAUAACUUGCAGAAAUUUUGUACCAACAAGUAAUACUCAAAGAAUAAAUAUAGAUGUCUGUGAUAAUUUUGAUACACAAUGUAAGUUUUAUUUGGAUACAUGUGAAAGUGAUAGUGACAGUCAAAAUAAAGAACUAAAAAAAUAUUCCAAAUCUAUAGAAGAAGAACCGAAAAGUCCAAUUCUAAAUAAAAUCCGGCGCAAAGAAAAAUCAAAUACACCAUCUCCUCUUAUAUUCGAAUUAGAAACAUUUGAGAAAUUCGAAGCAAUUGCAUUGCCUGUUAUAGAAAACCAUGAUUUUGAAACUGCUAAAAGGGUUAUUAACUCACAGAUUUUAAAUAGAGAGUUAUUCAUUUAUACACAUGCAGAAGCAGUAUUGAGUGAUAGAGAUAAGGAUAUUCAGAUUAGAAGUUCAAUUCUUGAAAGUGACAAAGAGCCGGAAUUUUCAUAUAACACAUGUACAGACAAUAAACUUCAUUUAAAAGAAGAUAGUAUGCUCUUUAGUAGUGAUGAAGAAAAUGAUGUUCAAUACAAUGUGAAAGAGUUACCAUUAACAUGCGCUAUACAUAAUUCGUUUCCUGAUGAACCAUAUAUAUUAGACAAAACGAUGUAUGUAGGAUUUCAAACAGCAAGUAAUAAAUCUAUACAAAUUUCUACUGAUUCAUAUUGCAAAGCAAAAAGUAUAUUUAAUAAUUUUGAAAACAUUGAGAGUGAAAAUCUAUCAGGAACAAAUAUAGAAGCUUUGAAUACUAAGGUUACAACCAGUAAUGUUGAUAAAUUAGACCAUGUAAAUAUGAAUGAUGAAACAAAUAAUAACUAUGAUGAUAUAGCUCAUUGCUUUGAAACGGCUAUUGGCGAAACCUUCAAUGUUUUUGAACACAAGGAAUCAAUUUCUAAUAUUAAUGAAAAUAAAAUUAAAAACAAUGCUGAAAAUCAGUCGGAUGAUGUUGAAAAUCUCCCUCAGUUACAUGAUAAUAAUAUUAUGUCUGCUAAUAAAAUACUAAAACUUAGAGAAGUAAAAGAAACUAGUAAAUCAUGUGCAGAUGUAGGAUUUUCGAGUACUGGUAAGACAAAAGACAAUAAUUUUGACAGUAAUUUUGCAGAUUAUUUAAAAUUUGAUGACCACAUUUUAGAAGAGUUUAAUACAGAUUUAAUACCUGAAGUUACCUUAAAUAAAAUCGAUGAACUAACUAAAGGCGAUAUUAAUGAUUUUGCAGGCUUUAAAACCGCUAAUAAUAAAAUGAUAAAAAUUUCGACGCAAGCGUUAAUGAAAACUAGAAACAUUUUUGAAGAUAUUAACAGCGACGAUAAUUUGUCACGAAAAAGUGGAAAACAAAGUUCUGAAAACCUUUAUUCAUUACAUAGACGCAAAUCAGAGACAAUUUCUACAGCAGGAAUUACCCCAAACAUUUACCUCAAAAGUCCAUCAAAAUCUUGGUCUAGUCAUACAAAAGCACCAUCUAACUCAAAACUUAUGAACGCUAGCAAUCAAAAUAAUGUCAAAAAUAAAGAAGAUCUAAUCUCAACAGACAAUAAAGAAAUUAAAUUGAAAUAUGUAACACCUUGUAGAUUUGAAAAACUCUUGAAUGAUGAUUAUAAUAAAAGUCACACGAGACAUAUUUGUAGUACCAAAGAAAUAGAUCCUUUUGCAAAAUCAAAAAAAGUAUUUCAAGGCACUGAUGACGAAGAAAGUAAUACUGUACAGGAUUCUCAUAUAUCAAAGCAUAUAGCUCUUAAAUCUCUAAAUACUGCUAUGUGCCAAGGGUUUAAAACGGCAGCCAAUAAGCCGGUAGGAAUUUCCGCAGAAGCUCUUGCGAAGUCAAAAAAGAUAUUCCAAAAUAUUGAUGAUGAAGAAAGAAAUACUGUAAAGGAUUCUGACAAUUCAUCAAAAGAAAAGCAACCGUAUCCUAUAGCUCAUACAUCUCUAAAUACUGCUACGUGCCAAGGGUUUAAAACGGCAACCAAUAAGCCAGUAAAGAUUUCCGCAGAAGCUCUUGCGAAGUCAAAAAAGAUAUUUCUAACUAUUGAUGAUGAAGGAAGAAAUGAAUCCGAAAAUACAAUGAAAGAAAAGCAACCUUAUCCUAUUGCUCGUACAUCUCAAAAUGCUAUAUGUCAAGGAUUUAAAACGGCAACCAAUAAGCCAGUAAAGAUUUCCGCAGAAGCUCUUGCGAAGUCAAAAAAGGUAUUUCAAACUAUUGAUGAUGAAGGAAGAAAUGAAUCCGAAAAUACAAUGAAAGAAAAGCAACCUUAUCCUUUUGCUCGUACAUCUCAAAAUGCUAUAUGUCAAGGAUUUAAAACAGCGGGCAAUAAGCCAGUAGAGAUUUCUGAAGAUGCUCUUGCGAAAUCAAAAAAGAUAUUUGAAAAUAUGGAUAAAGAUUGUGAGAGAAAACAAAUACCUGGCGAGGUAGUAGAAAAGCAACCUGAUAUAUUUCCAAAAAGGCAACGGAAUUUUAUAGGGUUUGAUACAGCAAGUAAUAAAAAAGUUAAAGUGUCAGAAAACGCACUCUUACAAAGUAGACACGUUCUUCGAAAUACUAAUUUAGAUCUGAAAAAUGACAAUUGUAUUUUUAAAAGUCCAUCUAAUUUAGAUACUCAUAAAAUAAAAGCUACUGAUAAGUCAGUAUGUAAUUUUGCAUUUAAAACGGGCAAUAAUACUCAGAUAAAUAUAUCUGAAGAAGCUUUGAAAAAGUCUAGAAACAUGUUUUCUGAUUUGGACGAAUCUAUACAAGCUAAUGCUGAUCCAAAAUUAAAUCUAGGUGACGUCAUUUCUGAAAAAGACAUUUUAGAAGAUUUUAAUACAGAGGUAAUAAAAGACUUUGAAAACACAGUAUAUACAGAGGACUUUAUUAAAACCGAGACACCAAAAAGUAAAAGAUCAGGAAGUCCUAUUUUGUCUUGCCCCAAGUCAAAGAAGAGUAAGAAAUUUGAAACUCCAAUUAAUGUCAAAAAAUUUGUUGCACCUAUCAACAGACAAAGUACAAUAAAAACCGAUACAACAAAUCUGUAUAGCUUUGAUGAAAACUACAAGAAAAUUAAAAAUUAUACAUUAAAAGACUUAAAUGAAAUUGAAAAAAUAAGAACCAUCAAAGAUGUAGAUCCAUAUAUUCUUGAUUUUCGAUUUGAGACACUAUUAGAUUUUGAGUUUAUGGGCGAUAGAAAUGACAUAGACAACGACCGAUGGACGACAGAUAAAAUAAAAGCUUUUUUCACAGAUUCCGUAAACAAAAGAAUCAUUCCCCAAGGUUGGAUAGAAAAUCAUUUGAAAAUGAUAAUUUGGAAGCUUGUAUGUUAUGAAAUUAGGUUUCCUGGUGUUAUGAAAAAUAUUUGUACAGUUAAAAAUGUAUUGGAACAGUUAAAAUAUAGGUACAAGAGAGAGCUGUAUAAUGUUGAGAGACCAAUUUUGAGGAAGAUAAUGGAAAAGGAUGAAGUGUCCUCCAAACUAAUGAUUUUGAGUGUGUCUGGUUUAUUUGUAGAUGGUGUAAGUGUAUACAGUGUUACCAAUCAAAACCAAAACAUUGAACUGCUCCUGACUGAUGGAUGGUACACCAUAAAGGCGUCUACAGACCGGAUGAUUGAUAGACUAGUGUGUGAAGGCAAGAUUAGUGUUGGUACGAAACUGGCCAUACAUGGAGCUGAAUUGUUGAAUUGUGAACAGGGGAUUGCUCCUUGGGAGGAUACAUCUUCAAUACGCUUGAAAAUAUCGGGCAACUCGACACGGCGAGCGAAGUGGGACGCGCGUCUCGGUCUCCAUGGCAACGGCGCCAUGUUGUCGCGCCUGUCAGCCGUCAAGCCGGAGGGCGGGAGGGUAUCGCAGCUGAGGACGCUCGUCACGAGAGUCUACCCCACUCUGUACAUCGAGAAGUUCCCAGAUGGCAGCACUCUAACCCGCUCUGAACGUCUGGAGCACAUUCACCAGAUGAAGUAUGAGACAGAACGGCAGAUCCAAAUGGAAAAGCUUUACGAGGAAUUGGAGAGGUUCUCUGAUCAGGAAUCACAAGACUCUGAUGGACAGUGUUUAGAAGACAGAGCUAUGGAAAGCGGCUCGCAGAUUUCCAGACUGAUGAAGAAGAGUUCCGAACCAGUGGCAAACCUGACAAGUUCGCAAGCCCACCUACUCCAACAGCACUCGUUGAAACAGAAAGAGAAGCUCGUCCAAGCCUUGCAGGACAAAUUCCAGGAACUGGUGAAGAAACGAGGGUUGGACACUCCCAGGAAUGUGGUGCCGCUAAUGAAGAUCAGGAUCGCUGAUGUAGAGACUGGAGGAGUUACUAAAGCCAUGGUCACAAUAUGGAAGCCCAAUGAGACCUUACAGGAGAUACUUACUGAAGGAACAUGGAUUGAUCUAUACAACGUAGUUCCUACGUCUGUCAGGUAUUCAGAGAUACAAAUAUCAGCAGGCAGGCAAUCAGUCUUUCGAAGAUCGAAAUUGAAUGAAACAGACAAGUUAAAAACCUUAACGAAAACCUUAAAGAGGCAAUGCUACACUACAAAAGACCUGCAAAAUCCAUCCAUGAAUACAGAUUAUAACGAAGUGGAUACUGUUGGCUUAAUAUUUAUGAUAGAACCACAGACAAUGGAGUUUGAAACGAAAAAUCAGCCGUUUCAAAACGUUUAUUUAACAGAUGAAAAUAAAAAUAUAAUCUGUGUCAAUUUCUGGGGUGGCAUCAAAAAAUUCGGUUUCCAAAACAUUUUGGACACGUGUCAAAUUGUGGCGUGUGUGAAUUUACAGAAACGAGCUGGCAACUCUAGGAAAAAUAUACCACAAUACCGUGCAACUGAAUUCACGUAUUUCACUAAAACGCCAAAAAAUGAUUCCAUCAGGAAACUGGCAGACGAUUUGACGGCAAAAUUCUCAAGUUUAGACAAAAGGAAGUUUAUAGACGACUGUGUUGCGUUGAAAAACAAUUAUCACAAUUUAAAGUGCGGCAACACUGAAAACGUUUCUCCUUACAGAUUAAAUACUAGCGACUAUAAUGUAUAUAAAAAUAAAGUAUAUAUCGAUUCCCCGUUAGUGAAUAAGUGUACAGAUGUAAAUUUCAAUCUCACGGGCUUAGAUUUCGAAUCUACGUUUAAACAAAGCGAUACGCAAGACCUAUCCCCUCAAAUGCUGCUUAGGAAAAGGAAAGUCAAUGAAAAAAUUGCCAAAUUGAAAAUGUACGGUGAACCGCCUCCUUUGAGUCCAAUACAUCUGAUAAACAAAUCCAGCAACGCGGCAAAAGCUUUCAAAAGUCCUUUGACUAAAAAUGACAUUUCUACAAGUGUUGCCAGCCCAAGUUCAUUACCUCAAAAUAAAGGAGAAAAUAAAUCAAGCUUAGAUUGUCAACAAAAUAAAUGUAAAGACGGUGAAUCCAAGAUGGAGGGUUUAGCCCAAAAUGGGGAAUACAAACCCUGUGUUACCAGUGCAAAUGCUUUACCCCAAAAUAGGGUAGAUAAAGUUGAUUCUAGUCCAGUGUUAAGUGUAAAUAGAACUUAUGUUAAGAGAGCCAGUAUUAACCCAGUGAAAUUAAAUUUCGAUAAUGCCAUAGAAACUAGUAUUACGGACCCGUUCGCUGAAGAUUUCGAUGGAAGUCCACCAUUGAGCCUAGACGUGGACUUUGCUUCAUAGUUAUUGAUCCUUAUAAAUAUGUAUAAUCAAUUUUUAGGGUUCCGAACCUGAAGGGUGCCAGCGGGACCUCUAUUACUUAGCCUCUGUUGUUCGUUCGUUCGUGUGUUUGUCAGCGGGCUGUAUCUCGUGAACUGUAAUAGGUAGUGAGCCAAACUCUCCUGCGGGUGUACCGACGUACGCGGAGACCUUUGACCAAAACGGCGCGGCACAGAGGCGACCGUAUUUAAGCGAACAGAUUACAAAUAGGCUAACAGCAGGUAGAGCUUGUACAAAAAGUUUUCGAAAAAACUCGGUGAUUUACAAUGUAAGAUUUAAAUUGUUAUUAUUUUUUCUAAAAAAAUAUUUUGUAAAAAUGUACAGCCUCGUUAUUAUUGAAUAAAAAAGUUAUUAAGUUUUG